AACAACAGAGUGAAAUAACAUAGUGUGCUGCACACUUUUAAUACCCCUUGGCUAAAUUGUCUUUGUGUGGAAUUGUUUUUUAGCUACCUCUGUUUUUGGUUUAGUAUAUGCUCUCUUUUAUGUCAAGCCUGACUGGACUGUUCUGAAGAGCACCUUGAAUUUUGUCAUGUUGAUGCCUUGUGCUAAUUUGAUGACAAUAAAGUUUCUAUCUAUCUAAAACUUAUUACAUACAUAUUUAUAUUGAAAGUACUCAAAUACUAUAACUGCACAAGGCACAAGGCCAUUUGACCUUGAAAAAGUAGGUCAAGGUCACCUAUUUUCAAUAGACUUCUGCUUCAUGCCAAGAUGACUCAAUAGUAUAAAUUUGGUGCUGAUAUCCUAAUGCGUUCUUCAGAUAAUUCAUUAAUAUUGUUGAACAGGCAGACAGACAGACGACAAAAUGAUUACAAUUACCCUUCGGCCAGAUGUUGGCCGAGGGGUAAAAAUGGAAUUUCCCCCACUGAGGAACUAGUAAAGGCAUUUCCAUUCCACAUUUUUCAUGAUGCAAAACAUACAUUGACUUGACAUAUUGAUAAUAUUUUAAUAUAAAUAUAUAAGAGCUGUCUAGAAUAUUUCAGUUGUUAUGGUGAAAGUGUUUACAUGCCACAUUUAAAUAUUUUCAGUAAAGCUUUAUCCCUUGGGUAGAACACCCCUAUCUUGGUUCUAGUUGGUACAGUCCAAUCAGGUAAAAGGAUCUCAGGUGAGUUGCUGGUUGUGGGUCAGUAAGUGUCCUGCUUCUUUAUGUCUUUUAAGUGUGUGAUUAAAACACCACAUCUGACAUUUCUUAUUAAAGAUGGGGGAGAGGUUGCCAAGUCAAAAAAGCUAUCUUUGCUCUUUUUUUGAUUGUAAAGCUAAAUUCACCAAGUCAUGGAAGUUAGAGGCUCAUCUUUGCAAACACACAGGACUGAAACCAUUCUCCUGUGAGAUCUGUGACAAAAGCUUUUGUACUCGCUACCAACUCACCAGACAUGAGCUCAGCCACAGUGGAGAAAAGCCACACAAGUGUCUGGCGGAAGGAUGCACUGAGGCCUUUGUUACAAAUGUCAGCAUGAAGAACCAUAUGGCCCGAGUUCACCAGCACCAGGAAAAGCACUACAGAUGUAACUAUAAAGGUUGUGGAAAGGAUUUCAACAAGAGAAACCAGCUCAGUGCCCAUAUGUAUGAGCACAAUCAGCUUCUGCCUUUCCACUGUAAGUUCAGUGGCUGUGAAAAAGAAUUCCCCACUCAUGGAAAACUGAGGCAUCAUGAGAAGAUGCAUCAGGGUUACCCUUGUGAGGAAGACGGGUGUCCUUUUCAAGGAAAGACGUGGACAGAAUACCAGAAACACAGAAGAGUACACAAAGUCAAGUUGUCAUGUGGCGAGUGCAAAAAGCGCUUUAACAACAGCUGGUUCUUGCACCAACAUUCGCUGCACGUCCACUCUGGGGAGAAGAAGAUGUUGUCAUGCCCCAAAGUGGGCUGUGACAAAAAGUUCACUCAUGGCUUCAACUUGGAUAGUCACAUUCUAGGAGAUCACGAGGGAAAGAAGCCCUUCAUCUGUGCCCAUGACGGCUGUGGGAGCAGCUUCGCCAUGCUGGAGAGCCUGUGGCGACAUGGAGUGGUGCAUGACCCAGAGAGGAAAAAGGUGAAGGUAGGUGACAUUAGUCAGCCUUUCCUCUUUCUACUUCCUUUACUCUGUAUAUUUAUUUCGUAUUUUACAUCUGCUUGCUUCCAGAAACUGCACCCUAAAAAGAACCAGCCCUGGCAUUUGGCGAAUCGGGCCCGACUGAGAGCUGCAGCCAAACAAGUAGAAACUCAGCUGGCCGAAAAGCUGCAGAACACCAGUUUAAAGGACACCAAAUCUUGAGGCUGGAUUAUAAAUAUAUGGCUGAGAUGUGUUUAUUAAAGGUGACGCACAUAGCUGUA